GGUCAGUCGAGAGAACCAGGUUGAGAAACCUCUGCUACAUUCUGUUCUUUACUCAAAGCUGAGAACCAUCGAUGUGACCAUGCAUGGCUUGUGCUUUAGAACUGAAAGUAAGAAAUCUAUUGCCGCGAUGCACGUUUCAACGGCUGAAACAAAUACAUGGCUUCCUUAUCACAACUUCCUUCUCCCAAAACCCUCAAAUGUUAUCCAACUUUCUCCGGCGAAGCACGGAGUUGGGGUCCAUGGACUAUCCUAACCUCAUUUUCUCACAGCUGAGUCAUGCUUUUCAAACGGAGAUCACGGUUUGGAAUGUGAUGAUCAGAGGCUAUGCUUACAACGGUCAUUUUGAGGAAUGUGUGGGUAUGUUUGAUGAAAUGCCUCACAGAGGAUUGAGACCCGACAACUACACGUACCCGUAUGUCUUGAGCUCCUGUUGUGAGAUGGGGUUUCCUAGAAAAGGCCUAAACGUACACUGCCAGAUUGUAAAGUCGGGGUUUGGGUCUAGCUUUGCCGUUUCCCACUCGCUUUUUCACAUGUAUGAUAAAAUACAGACGCGCUUUCACAAGUUAACUGAGGCGCGGAAGGUGUUCGAUGAAAUGUCUGCGAAACCUGUUCAAGUGUGGAACCGAAUGAUAUACCAGUGCGCGACCGUUGGCAGUGUUGUGGCUGCAAGAGAGCUGUUUGAUAAAAUGCCUCGAAGGGAUGUUGUUUCGUGGAAUUCUAUGAUUUCGGGUUUUGUCAAAGUUGGGGAAAUAGAGAAUGCAAAGACAUUGUUUGAGAAGAUGCCAGAGAGAAAUGUUGUUUCAUGGACUAUAAUGAUAAGAGCUUUUGCUGAUGCAGGAGACCUCAAAACAUCCAUUAAAUUUUUUGAGAAAAUGCCAUUCAAGAAUGUGGUUUCUUGGAAUUCGAUGAUUUCCGGUUAUAAUCAGCACCGGAGAUUCGAAGAAGCAUUGGAUCUUUUUGUGAAAAUGCAAUCAAAGGGCAUACCUUUUGAUGGAUAUACUAUUGUGUCCGUUCUAUCUGCAUGCGCCAACUUAGGAGCCCUUGAGUUUGGGACAUGGGUGCACAGCAUGAUUGAAGAUUGGACUCGGUUAGGGGUGAUCGUAGGAACUGCCCUCAUAGACAUGUACGCUAAAUGCGGGGACAUGGAUGGAGCCUUUUCACUAUUUAUUAAAAUUGGAACUAAAGAUGUCUUUUGUUGGAAUGUUAUGAUCAAGUCACUAGCCAUACAUGGAAGAUCACAAGAUGCCAUCAAGAUUUUCUCUUUGAUGCUAAAGAAUGGAUUACGACCAAAUGACUUCACACUUACAGCAACCUUGUUUGCUUGUAGUCAUGGAGGAUUGGUAAAAGAAGGCCGUGAGAUUUUUUGUAGUAUUGAACGAGAUUUUGGGAUUAGUCCGAAGCUUGAGCAUUUCAGCUGUUUGGUAGAUUUACUAAGCCGAUAUGGUGAACUUGAGGAGGCACAAAUUCUGGUGGAGAGUAUGCCGUUUAAACCUGAUAUUGCAAUUUGGGGGGCGUUACUUGGGGGUUGCAGAAUAAGAAACGACUUAAAGUUAGCAGAGGAGGUAAUAGAGAAAGCUUCUGAUAUGGACGCAAAUGAAUCAGGAGUUCAUGUGCUUUUGUCUAACAUCCAUGCUUCCGUAGGCCAUUGGCCAGAUGCAUUGCGAGUGAGAAAGACAAUGGAGGAAAAGAAAAUUUGGAAGAAGGCUGGAUAUAGUCUUUUACAGGAGAAUUUCGGGCCUUCCUAGAACAGAAUUUUUUUUAUGAACAUUAACUUGCACAGAAAGAAAGAUAGAAAGAUAGGAUUACUGGAGCUGACUGACUGUCCAAUUUGUACAAUAUUAAACAUUCUCAACUUUUAUAAAGUUGCUAUUUCAUUGA